UGUAUUAACUCUUGUCCCUGUCCAUCCUUUGACGCCAUUCUCAGAAUUCUAUACAUUUAAAUUUUGACAGGCCAAUGAGGGCAGCAACUUCAACCCCACAAGGCCUUUUCCAGCUUUUGCAUUCAUGUUCAUGAAACCCAUGGAGAUUCUCAACGCACACAAGUAAUUAAAGAGACUGCCCAGAAAAGUCAAGCUUCAAGAGGCCAGAAUUUUUUUUAACAACAGUAUCUCUCUCUCUUUCUGUGUGUUUCUAUAUAUCAACUUUUGUUCUGUUCUUUUCUUGCAAGUGUAUUAGUAUAGCUAUUAUGGAUCGUUACGAGGUAUUGAAGGAUAUUGGGUCAGGAAACUUUGGUGUUGCUAAGCUUGUUAAAGAUAAAUGGAGUGGUGAACUCUGUGCUGUUAAGUAUAUUGAGAGAGGCUCAAAGAUUGAUGAACAUGUGCAGAGAGAGAUCAUGAACCAUAGAUCAUUGAAACACCCCAACAUAAUAAGAUUCAAAGAGGUCUUUCUCACGCCCACCCAUUUAGCCAUAGUCAUGGAAUAUGCAGCUGGAGGAGAACUUUUUGAGAGAAUUUGCAAUGCUGGUAGAUUCAGUGAAGAUGAAACAAGAUUUUUCUUUCAACAACUCAUUUCAGGAGUUAGCUACUGCCAUUCUAUGCAAAUUUGCCAUAGAGAUCUUAAGAUGGAAAACACCCUACUAGAUGGAAGCACAUCGCCGCGGCUUAAGAUAUGCGACUUUGGCUAUUCCAAGGCAAUGAACUUGUCAAAUUUUCAAUGUGAAAUUACAUUUACAUGCAGAAAUCUAAAAUUCUUGAAUGUUUUACCUGUUGUUUUUCAGUCUUCUGUAUUGCAUUCUCAACCCAAGUCCACAGUAGGAACACCAGCCUAUAUUGCACCAGAGGUCUUGUCAAGAAAAGAAUAUGAUGGGAAGAUAGCAGAUGUUUGGUCAUGUGGGGUUACCUUGUACGUGAUGCUGGUUGGUGCUUAUCCAUUUGAAGAUCCCGAAGAUCCAAGGAACUUCAAAAAAACCAUUCAGAGAAUACUUAGUGUUCACUACUCCAUUCCAGACUAUGUUAGAGUUUCCACAAACUGUUCACAUCUUCUAUCUAGGAUUUUUGUAGCUGACCCUGAAAAGAGAAUAACAAUACCAGAAAUUAAAAAGCAUCCUUGGAUCCUAAAGAGCUUGCCUAUGGAAUUCAUGGAAAAGGAGGAAGGUGGCUUGCAAGAAGAAGAUGAAAAAUGUGAAGAAUCCCAAAGCAUUGAAGAGACAUUAGCUAUAAUUCAUGAGGCUAGGAAAUCUGAAAAGGGUCCCAAAAUGGGUGGAAUUUUAAUUGAUGGAAGCAUGGAUCUUGAUGAUAUAGAUGAUGCUGACAUAGAUGAUAUAGAGACAAGUGGUGAUUUUGUUUGUGCUCUGUAAAUGUAAUUGAAAUUAAAUGGCAGUUCAAAAGUAUAAGGCCAUUCUUUUCAUGUAUAGAAGGAGGUGAUGUUAGAGAUUUUUCCUCAGGCAUAUGAGCUUGUGUUCUUCUUUUUGUUUGGA